UCCAGUUCUUAUUUAGUGAUCGGGGCAAUUUGUCUUGAUUCCGAAGAGUGUGGCGGGGUUUAAAAACCAAAAAAAAAAAAUACCAACAAAAUAAAUACACUCUGGAACUCCGAGUCGAAAACUUCGCGGUUUUUCAUUUCGUAUCAGUUCUGUAGUUUUCAGUUAACAGUAGUUGAUUAAAAUAUUUAAUUCAAUAACAUAAUCACCAAAUAACAAAUAUGAUAUUGCGUCUAUUCAUAUUGCUGUCAAUUAUAACAGUUUAUCUGCAAUUAUCCGUAGGAAUACAACAGCAAUUCGAAUUCGCGAUAACGCUGAAAAGUAAAAUUCUCUUUGUGGAUGAGCAUUGGAAUGUGGUCAAUACGGCGGCCCAUGAGUUUGAUGAACUCUCUGCCCUUACGUUUGAUGAGAGCGAGGAACGUAUUUACUUUAAUGAUGGACAACAUCAGAAUAGCAGCAUAUUCUCAUUGCGCAAGGUGGGCAAAUCCAAUCAUCUGGCAGAGCAGACGAUACAACGCUAUGGCAAUGAAUCGGUUGGUGGUAUUGCCUACGAUCCUUUAAAUCGUACUAUAUACUGGUCGGAUUUAUUGCAAAAGAAAAUCUUCUAUGCCUCAAUUGAUACGGUGGCCACUGAAAUGCCAAAAAUUCUAGUCGAUUUGAGUGAGGAGAAUGGUACACCGUAUGGCGUGGCCAUUGAUAUUUGUGGCAGGAAACUCUAUUGGACCAAUUCGAAUAUCAAUCAUCCGACUGUCGAGCGUAUCGAUCUAAAUGGCACAGGGAGACUUGCAAUUAUCGAUAAAAAUAUCGAUAGUCCACGUGGAAUUGUUGUCGAUCAAGGAGCGAAACGUAUUUUUUGGAUUGACGAUCUCAAGGGCAUAUUCUUUGCCGUAAUGAGUGCCCAAUUGGAUGGCUCUGAUGUGAAACUAGUGUUGAAGGAUAAAAAUCAUGAACCUCAGAAUUUGGCUGUUACCCGAAAUGCCAUCUAUUGGACAGAUAGAACAACUAAAUCUGUUUGGAGUCAUUUAAAAGAGCCAGAAAUUGCAACAACCACAACGACAACAACAACAAGUACUACACAAAUACCCACAGUGGAAGGUGAAGAGGGAACUGGAGCUAUGGACGAUAAUGAUAUUUGGCCUGUGGGUGAUUUUGAGACGACACCAAAAAAAUCACCAUUAGAACGUAAAAUCAAUUUAACCGAAGAGGCACGCGGCAUUGUGGCACGCACUGGUUUCUAUCAAUUGCAAAAGGAUUCGCAAUGUUCCAAAGUGAUACAGCUGGUGAAACAACGUUUGGAUGAAUCACAACAGAAUAAUCGAGUACUCAAUGUAGUUGACGAGCAAUUGGAUGAAUUGCAACGUGAACACUGUCUCGGCGGUGGCACAUAUUAUCCGCAACAGAAAUUCUGUGUCUGUGUACCCGGCUACAAGGGCACACGCUGUGAGACCAACGAAUGCCACAAUUUCUGUGUCCAUGGCACUUGUCAAAUCUCGGAAAUGGGUUACCCGAAAUGCUAUUGCCAGCCCGGUUACUCUGGCGAACGUUGUGAGGUUAAGAAAUGCUUGAAUUUCUGUCAAAAUGGUGGCGAUUGUCAACUGGAUGAAUUGACUGGCGAGGCAAGUUGUCAGUGUCCCUCGAAUUUCGGUGGACUCCGCUGUGAGCACAACUCAACGGAGAUUUGUGGUCUAUUCUGUCGCCUGCUUAAGCAUGAUUCCAAUACAUCGGUUCCCUUUGGCUGUCAUGACAUUUGCGAGCAAUUGGCCAAAGAUUCAUCUGAUUUAAUUGCCAUACCGGAGUAUAAGCAUUUAGAUGUCUGCCUGGCACCAAACGCUUGGACUGGCAGCGUUUUAAUGCCAUUAAUGAUUUCUCUAAUAUUGAUUCUUCUACUAUUGACCAUUUUCAUACAUGGCCUGCGUCGCUUGUACAAGCCAAAGCGACCACACAUUAAAAAGACAUUUGUUGUUAGGAAACAGGCACGUACCAAUUCAUCCAGCGAUACACCGUUGACCAAUCGUCCAUUGGCCACCGAACAGUGCGAAAUCACAAUAGAGAAUUGCUGCAAUAUGAAUAUCUGUGAGACGCCCUGUUUCGAUCCCAAACUGGUGGAGUUCGCCAAAUCAAAUUGCAAGGAUGACAAGAAGAUAUUGAUCCACAACAUGGAAGAUGAUCUGUACUGAGGCGUGAAAGGUUGCAACAAUCUUUCGAACAAAAACAAAACUAAGAAAAUAUAAGAAAAUCUGUCAAAAGCAACCCUUGUGAUAGGUCGGUGUCGAGUGGAGGAUUGGUAUUCGAGCUUUAGAAAAGCUGCUGCCCACCCGGCUCGAUCCCGUUUAGCCGCCCACAGGGCCCACCACCCCCUCCCCCAUCGCUCGCUUUACCAGCCAGCCAAAUAGCGGAAUUCACACUUAGCACUCACCCAAAAUUACUUAAAAUUUUUUUUUUUUUUUAAUUCAUUUUACUUCAUAUUGGUUUAUCAUUUUUAUUUGUUUUGCUUUUUCUUUCAUUCAUUUUUAUUAAUUUUUUUUUUUUUUAGUCUGAAAAGCUUUUGUACUUAGAUAAAGAAAUAUUCGCUGGGCUUUUAAUUGGUCUCACACAUUAUUCAAAUGAUUCAUUUUUUUUUAUUGUCUUUAAUCCGUUUUUUUCUUUAGGUAAAUAAGAUUUUUAAGCUCAAAGAGCUUCGAACACAAUGAAUGAAGUGAAAUGAAUUGUAUUUAAAAAACCAAACAAAAAAAGAAAGAAUUUUAAGUUAGAAAACAAAAAAAAAAAAAAAAAAAGGAUAAACUUAAAUGAACUAGAAGGAAAUGUCAAGAAAUGUUCAAGACAAAACGAACUGGCACAUACGCUUUAAAAAUUGAAAUCAUCAUACAAAGAAUGUUAAAAAUUUUAGUUUUUUUUUUUUAAAUUGCCUUAGUUAUACAUAGAAUGGCGGAAGUUGGGAGAAAGUUGCACAAAACUAAAAUCAAUUGUGAUUUAUAACAUUUAAAAACUGUUGUAAAUAACUUGAAAAGCAAUUUCAUCAUAUUGUAGUUCCUAAACAUAAAUAUACAUACAUAUAUGUAUAUGUAUGUAUAAUUUUAUUUUUUUUGUGUUCAUCGCUCGCGUUCUAAAUACUUGGUAUGUAGUCGUAGUUAUUGUGCAACCAACUGCCACGUUUUGAAAUGGAGGAAAAAUUUGAAUAUAUUAAUUAAUUAGCCAGCAAUACUUGCCCCGCCCCACCCGCCCACUUCUUCACCGUCAUCCUCACCCAACGUGUACUUAAAACAGGUGAAGAGUAACCCCAAAAGCAACAAAUGAGAAUAUGUAUACAAAAAGCAAAUGGAAUGUAAAUAAAAACCUAAGCUAGAAUUUAAUUUGUAGCCUUAAGAAAUUAAAUUGGGGUUAAGUACUUAAAUAAAGAGAGAGAGUACAUAUGAAUAUGUAAA